GUCUGAGGGCAGUACAGACUCGGAUUUUGCAAUCAUCGCACGUGCCUUUGACUCCAUUACCUUAUCCUUCACAUCGACAGAUCGCAACAGCAGUUAAAAGUUACAUUAAUAUAAAAUUAUAACAGAGAAGACAGUGAUUUUUUAUAGUUUUUAUUGAUAGUACGUAUUGAAAAUGGUUGCCCGGCCGCCGUCACCAGUGGGCGCUUUGAUUCCACGGUUCUUUGCAGGGCGUCAUGUUCUUAUCACGGGUGCUACUGGAUUUAUGGGCAAAGUGCUUGUGGAGAGGCUACUAUCGACAUGUCCUGAUAUAGGUUGCUUAUAUCUUCUGUUGAGGUCCAAGAAGGAGAUCGCACCAGAAAAGCGUCUGCAACAACUGAAACAGUCGCAGGUGUUUGACGUAAUACGCCAAACUAAUCCUGCGCAAUUGGACAAGCUGCGAGUUAUCCCUGGGGACGUUUCGGAACCCGGCCUAGGGUUGCCACAAUCUGCACUUCAAAUUCUGAAAGAGGUUUCUAUAGUGUACCACUCUGCUGCGACUCUCAGAUUCGACGAGCCCCUGCCGAUGGCUGUGCGGCAAAAUGUUCUGUCAGCAAUACGCAUGAUGGAGCUCUGUGACCAACUGCCACAUAUCGAGGCGUUCAUGCACGUGUCGACAGCAUACAGCAAUUCAGAGAAGUCGCACGUAGAAGAGACAGUGUACGAGCCGCCCGCGCAGCUGCACCAUCUGUUGUCGCUGCUAGAAGUUAUGCCUCCGCCUCUAUUGUCAACCAUUACACCACAGUACAUUUCACCUAAGACGAACACGUAUACGUUUACAAAGGCUAUGGCGGAGGAAGCUGUCAGGUUGCACGGCACACAGCGGUAUCCCACCGCGAUAUUCCGACCUACUAUAGUGGUAUCCUCGCUACAGCACCCUUUCCCCGGGUGGAUCGAGAACCUGAACGGACCAAGCGGCAUCAUAGCGGCGGCGGGCAAAGGCCUUCUGCACGUCUUCACGGUGAAGGACUCCGCGCGCGCAGACAUGCUGCCCGUUGACAUCGCCAUAGACACGCUCAUCGCCGCGACCUGGGAGACAGCCAUAGACAAAUCAAAAGACAUACGGGUGUACAACUGCAGUACACAAGAGAAUCCAACGACGUGGGGACAUUUCGAGGAGGCCAUGCGCAAAUAUAUUCGCGAGUAUCCAAUGAAUGGCGUCAUUUGGUAUCCAUCCGGCACUGGAGUUGAGAAUAGAUACGCGCAGAAGAUCUUGGAAUUUUCUUUACAGACUUUGCCACUUCAUGCCGCGGAAUAUGUACUACGCAGUAUCGGCAUGAAGCCACAAUUGAAUCUCAUCACAGCAUCUCAGAAAAUGAGCGCAAUGAAUGGUGUCCUUGGCUUCUUCGCCCUUAACGAAUGGGAUUUCGACACACACAACGUACAGAAACUCAGAUCUCGCUUGUCAGUAGAGGAUCGACGCAUUUACAACUUGGAUCCUAAUUCUAUCAACUGGCAAGAUCUCUACAGAAACUUCGUUAAAGGCACGAGGCGAUACCUUUUGAAAGAAAAGGACCAAGACUUAGAGAAGGCAAAGCGACAUAUGCGCAAAAUGUAUUAUCUUCACAAAGGUGCAAUUAUGUUCACCAUACUCCUGGUCUUCCGACUGAUGCUACAGAACAGAUACAUGCGGGACCUGGUUUACGGCAUUUUGAGGCUUUUGAUGUACAUUGUCAGUACCACAUACUCCAGAGUUACAGCACAAGUAUAGGCUAAGUUAGUUUAUCAUAACGGCUUCAGAACUCUAUGUAGUUUUCCAAACUAAUUCAACCUUCAAAAGUGAAAUAAUUUAGUGUACACUACUAAUGUCACUUUAUGGUUUUUACACGAUUUUACACCAAAAACCGUAAAAUAUU